AACGCUACUGGACGUAUCGACACACAAAUCCGAACGUGGGUACCCGAACGUUGAACAAUUUGUAGUGUGAGAUCGCCGAAGAUAAGACCAAAAAGGAAACCGAUAACUCCCAAGAUCUUAUCUGAUAAGAACGAAUUUGCAUACAGCUCGAGCACGACUUUUCCUUUAAAUUUCCCUCCAUGACUCAGACACCAACAACUUUCCCCCCUUCCUUCCACCAACUACCCUAGCUAUGCUGACAUUUUCCUCUUGCUCCCAGAAGCUCGUGUCUUCAGUACAGUUGAAGCGUUGCCAAACCUUCAAAGCAUUCUAUGCGACCAUUCGCAGCUUGAGGCAACAGCCCGUACGUGAUGGUGACGAAACGGCCUCGUCCGACAACGAUUUCAUUCUUUCGAUCCUGCGGGCUAAUCCGUCCCUGCGCGACACUCGUUCGUACUUGGCAUCUUUUGGACCCCGGCCGCAAGCUGCGAAGCCAGUAAUGUCCCAGCAUCCUGAUUUCAAGAUGCCUUCACCUCCCGACAUUAUAGAGGCCGAGGCCAAGGAGACCAGUACUGUGAACGUCGAGGCGGCCCAAACCACUCCCAUUAUCGACUCUAUACUUGACCCCAUCAUCAGGCGCACCGCCUUGGUCAAGGUUCAAGGCCCGUUCACGGACGUGCAGCUCGAAAGCAUUGCUCGAGGCAUGGUUUACCUCGAGAAGCUCGGGCUCGUUAGCGUCAUUGUUGUUGACAACGACAACGUGGUUCGUGGUGGGACUGAUGAACGAAACAUUGUCAUUGAAGAGACGAUGCGCUUCGUCACGGCUCUCGAAAAGCAGGGCGCCAGAGCGCGUCCGCUCUUGGGUGCCAUCGUCAGGCUGGGCCCAAAGCCUGAAGAUCUUGGCAUAGAACACGACGUCGCACCUCCUGAGGCACACACUAUUCCAUCCGAUCUUAAUACCAUUCGUUCUGCCCUUCGAGCGGGAGAAAUCCCAGUCCUUCCCCCGUUCGCCCUCGAUUCCUUCUGUCGAUCAGUCUGCGUAGACGCCAACGACGUGAUCGCAUCUCUUGCACGUGGGAUGGUUGAGGCUGCGGUCCAGGACAGCAUUUCACCUAUUGCUGAAAUUUCACGGUCUAAAUCUUCCGGAGAAGUUGAUCUUACUCCUCUUCGCCUCAUGAUCAUCAACCGCGAAGGUGGUAUCCCUUCUUACGCACGUUCAGGUUACCCUCAUUUACUCAUCAACCUCAAUUCUGAGUAUGACCAUAUAAAUGGAACGUUUCGUGAAUCCUGGCGCCAUUCUCACCCGACCAGUCUUGCGAAUAUCUCUUUAGCGCGGAAAUGCCUAGCGUAUAUGCCGCCGACUUCCUCUGCUGUUAUGGUUUCUCAUCGGUCUCCCAGCUCCCUCAUCGCUAAUUUAAUCACCAACAAGCCGGCUGUAAGCUCUAGCUUACCUCAUGCACUAUUACAAGGUAAUCGAAAACUCACACCUCAUACGCCCACGUUGCUACGAAGAGGACUUCCCAUUCGCGUGGUCCGCGCCACCGUAGACAUAGAUCAGAAAAAAUUGACAACCCUUCUGGAACAAUCUUUCGGCCGAACGCUCAAUGAACACCAGUUUUAUGGGCGCCUGGAACAGACGCUCGAUUUCAUGAUUAUUGCGGGAGACUAUGUCGGCGCGGCCAUCGUGACCAACGAACCGUCUCCUGAUGCAUCAAAUCCUAUCUCAUACCUCGACAAAUUCGCCGUUCUCCCCAGCCAUCAAGGGGAUGGAACGGUUGAUUUCUUGUGGGUCGCUCUUCAUGACGAGUCCUACGGACUGGGUCAUCCCUCCUCUGUGAACCCUAACGGAGGUAAAGAAGGUCAGGGAGAGGGCCGUGAUCUUGUCUGGCGGAGUCGCGCCAACAACCCUGUGAACAAGUGGUAUUUCGAGCGUAGUUCAGGUCACGUCAGGAUGGGGUCCUGGGUCCUGUUUUGGUGCGACGCAGAGAAGCAUCUGAAAAUUGAGCAGAGUCGACGCGGAAGCUCCGGUUUGUCCUACGACCGCUUAUCCCACUGGGCCGGCGUGGUAAACUGA